CUUACACAAUGUCUCAUCGACAAUAUCACAUCACACCUUUGCAAUUCAACAGCGGUUGCAUUACUUUCACCGAGUGGAUCUCCCUCUAUACCCUCUGCCUCGCCCCACUAAUUGCCCACGUUGUCUCUGGAGCGCCUGCAGCCUCCUAUCUCACCAAACCCAAACCCCGCUGGCACGACCAAAUCUGUCUCUGGAAUCCAACAUCCAUUAUCUGGCGGUAUGCCGCCAUCUUCGACCGGCGACUGCGCGCCAAGUCCUGGAGCCGAGAUGAUCUGGCAACCACGAACGCUAUCCUCUGGACACGCAACGGAUGGGAUGGCAGUGAUGGAGUAGUUUCUGAGGCUGUUACCUCGUGCGUGCAGCGUCCGGACAGAACACAUGGACGCAUUCUAUCGGCAACGACGCUAAAGACCCUCAUCACGACUUUGCAAGGGAUAGCGGCAAUUUACGCACUUGUCGCCGAGCGGACCGGAGCCGGCGCUUCAAACUACGACCCGUUAAUGGGCGUCGACAUGGUUUUCUCCCCCCUUGCGGUCCUGGGACUGUUGAGAUUGUGCGCUGCAGCGUGGCUGACUGAGGACUUCACCUACGCUUCGCCAGAAAGCACUCCCGAUCCACCCGUCGCACAAGAUGCUGCCUCCCCGAAACCCAAUGCUCGAUUCAGGGCACCCAGCAGCUCAUGGCCGAGUCGUUGCUUCCGCACCUUCUAUCUCAUCCUUUGCGCGGGGCUCUGGACUCUGUCUCUCAUAUACACUGUUCCUGUCUUUCACAGUCUUUUGUUUACGACAACUUCGUUUCUGUCCUCGAUCUUUUACCUUGUCCUUUCCACUAUAUCCUUCUUGACCCACGCCUUUUAUUUCUUCCGUGGACGAACAACGACUGUCUUGCCCUGCAUAUCCCAUACCUGGUACAAGAUCUACACGCUCGUUAUCAUCAGUCUCAUGGUGGUUUUGGUCAUCAUGGCAAGCAUCGAGACGAAUAGGGCACCUGACGGCACGUAUACGAGCCUGCGCUUGGGCAAUGACAGCAUGACGCAGGACUUGCUGCCUGAGCUCGCCGAUAUCUGCGAUUUCAUCAAGCAGCACCUAGAUUCCGGCUACGUCCUAGUCCAUUGCGACUGA